AUGACAGCCAUCAUUGGCUGUUUUACUACUCUUUCGCUGCGCCGUUCCUACUCCAGUUGGUAUCAACUGUGCUUCUACUUCCUUGCAGUCCUGUGCAUCUGUGGCCAUGAAGUCUACAGGUCAAGUUGGAAGCAAGCAAGGCAAUCGAAAGAUCCCCAUGGAAGCUACGAUAUGGUCCCGUGCGAGCCCAGAACUCGAUCAGACGAUAGCGAGGAGGCCGGAGAAGCAGAUACGCUAGCGAGCCGUCCAGAUUACAGCCACGGCUUCCGCUCGUCUUUCAGCAGCAUCAUAUUAGUCAUGAUAUGGACUGCGUAUGUAAGCUUUAACUUUGGACAACGCCAAUACCCACGCAUCGAGCCUCGAUUGGAUCUCAAGUACGAGGCAAAUAGCCCUUUGGAGGUUGUUAUCAGCAUGUACAAGGAGCGGACAGAAGACGUGGCCUCGCUUAUAUCGAAGCUACAUAGCAUGCCGCAAAUGUCGCAAGCUCUUGUUACAAUUUAUCUCAAGGAUGGCCAGGCAGACGAAGAGAAGGUCAAGCAGGAAACAAAGGCGCACAACGUCGUCAAGCUUCCAAACGUGGGAAGAGAAGCCGAGACGUACCUCAACCAUAUCGUCAACCGCUGGGACAAGCUUGCAGAGCGUACUAUCUUCCUUCAAGCCGACAUUCACAACCCACGAGAGUUUUAUCCCUUUUUCCAACGGUAUUUCCGCGCAAACCAAACUGGUUUCCUCAACCUGGGAUGGGCAGGCAAUGUUUGUCAUAGUGACGACUGUGGCGAUAAACAGGGCUGGCAGGAUGAGACAUCGCUGUUUCCAGAGAUUCAAUCAAGGAUCGACCACUCGGUGCGCGAUGGUGUGCUGCUCAGCUACAAGGGCCAGUUCGUUGCUACCGCUGCGCGAAUUCGCGGCAUUGACAAAGCAAUAUACGACGAUCUCUGGAAGCUUCUUGUCGACGAGAAGAGCUGGGCGCACAGUGAGCCCUAUCUGCAGGACCGAGAAGAUGCCAUGAGCAAGCCUUGGUUCGGAUAUACAAUGGAGCGGAUAUGGAAUGUCCUGUUCCAAUGCUCAGACAUGGACGUUGCAUGGAAAUGCCCUACGCUGCUGAGCGGUUGGAGACCUGGUGGCAGCAUUGCCGACUGCCAAUGUUUCGAUACCGAGCUGGUCGAAUCAUGA